UCCAUGCUCCUUAUGCGUUAGAAACCCCUGCCAACUAGUCCUCUAGGCUUUAAAUAUUGUUUUGACAGAUUGCAUUUUCAUUCCGUCACAAAGAAAGCAUUCUCCAUAGUCAACGCACGAGCAGAUCUUCACCAGCUCAGUGAAAGCCAGAUACAUUGUUCCGUGCAAGAAUGAAGGCUUUGCAGACUACUUUUUUUUUGUUUGUGUUUGCACCUUUGGUAAAUUCAGCACCACCUAUACAGCAAGAAUCACUCCACUUUUAUGAGUAUGAUACAGAUGUUACCAUGGGAAGCCUGAUCCAACAAGAUUAUGAAAUGCAAUCCAAGGAUAUAAGAAAGGAUGGAACAAAUGUUUCUCUUGACACUGCCCUAAGCCUGCAAGGGGAUGACAGCGAACGCAAUGUACCACCAACAAAGGAUACAAAUUUACCUACUUGUCUGCUCUGUGUGUGUUUAAGCGGAUCAGUGUACUGCGAGGAAAUAGACAUCGAAGCUGUACCCCCACUGCCAAAGGAAACAGCCUAUCUUUAUGCACGAUUUAACAAAAUAAAAAGGAUAGCAGUCUCAGAUUUUGCUGAUAUUACUACCUUGAGACGAAUUGAUUUCAGUGGAAACAGGAUAGAAGAAAUAGAAGAUGGCGCCUUUUCAAAGCUUCUGUUAUUGGAAGAAUUGUCUCUUGCUGAAAAUAGACUUCUAAAACUUCCUGUUCUACCUCCCAAACUAACAACAUUUAAUGCAAACCAAAACAGAAUCAAGAGCAGAGGAAUCAAAGCAAAUGCUUUCAAGAGGCUGACAAAUUUGGCCUAUCUCUACUUAGGACAUAACGCACUGGAAUCUGUUCCCCUUAACUUACCAGAAAGUCUGCGUAUUCUUCACCUUCAGUACAACAAUAUUACUACAAUCACUGAUGACACAUUCUGCAAAUCUAAUAACACACGUUACAUCCGCACAAGUAUGGAUGAGAUAAGGAUGGAAGGCAAUCCGAUCCUCUUGGCAAAGCAUGUGAAUGCUUUUUCCUGCUUGAGAACACUGCCUGUAGGAACAUACUACUAGCUACUACUUAUGUAAUUAUACAUGCUAGAACUUAAACAUGGUAACAAAAGAUCAUUCUUUUUCCUGUUUACACAUUUAUAUCCUCUCCCUUACUAAUGCCAUUUCCCUGUAUACCCAGAAUCUUUUCUGUGUUGAAAUGUGGUUCUCCUCCAAAAUAACUACUUCAAAAUGUUCACUUUCUUUAGUAGUUACAAUGUCACCCAUGCUUUCAGAAUCUUUUCUGUUAAUGAAAGUGUAAAAAUACAUAUAUGCACACACAUAUCCUCUCAACUGUUUCACCACAUAUUCUUUAUGCACAGGUAUAAUCACACAAGUAACUGCUUGUUCGUAUUUUUUACCAGUACUCAGAACAAUCACUACAUUUUACUUUCAGAUUAGCAUGAAACAUUGAGCAAGCUACAGAGGAAAAACAAACCUUAAUUCCAAUUUCACUUUUUUAAUCUGAAAACAAACUUCUUCAGCUGACCUUCAAAAUUAUAUUGAAUGAAGUUGCACACAAAAGAAAGUUAUGUUUAGAAACAGAACUUCUCAAAGCUAAACUUCAUUAAAGCUUCCUUAAAAACUUGGUCUGUGGAAAAUGAGAGUAAUUCCUAUUUAGGCUCAGUGUACCAAGUAACAUAGCAAGUGGAACUUUUCUAAAGUGUUAAAUAUCCUUCUAGCUUUCAAAAUAAUUUAAGAGUGUGUGUGUAUAUAUAUAUUACAGAUGCAUUUUAUUAUUACACAAAGGUAUUUUUAAUUGAAAUAUAUAAUUUUUGCUCAGCUGUACUCAAAACAGUCAUUUUUGCAAGACCAGCUUCCGAUUUUUAAUACAAUGGUGAAAGUACAGCAUAGUAUGACUCCAAGUAUCUUCAUUAUUAACAGAUGAUGUAGAUCAAGCUUCAUUCCAGUGCUUUUUCUUGACAACGAAAUAUGACAAUUAACAGCAAAGCUGAAUUAAUGUGUUUACCCAUAAAUAAUUAAGAUUUCAGCUCGGUAUCAGUGCAAAGAAACAGAACUACUCUUGUACAACAACACUUCCGCUCAUUAGGGAAAAAUCAAAUCAGAUCUUUAAAUUAAAAAGUUAAUUCUAUUAUUAACCUAAAAAUAGCAUUAACUUCAAGCAUCAUUUCACUCAACUGCCUUAAACCACGCAGCAUAUUAAAACCACAAAUCAAUGUGUGCAGGCCUCAACAGUCAGUUCACCUAAAACUACACAUAACUAAUACAAGGCAUGAUGUUUUUAGUUACCUACCUACACAUUUCUGACAUUCAGUUUCAGUUUCUCCCCUCAAAUACCUACCACAGGUGUAAACUCUUCAGAUAAAUGAAUGCCAAAGGUGUGCUAGUUACUACUACCAGGUCAACUUUGUACUAAUUUUGAAACUAGUAUAGGUUCCUAAUUUGUAGAAAUAAUUAAGCAUCAAAUGCAUGAUAAUGUAUCACUACAUCUAGAAUACUGAUUUUACAAGAUAUUUUGUAUUAGUUUUAUCUUAUUUAGCUAAGCCUUGAUUUGUUAGUGCUUGUGCUAUGGGGAAUUAAGGGCACACUUCAUUCUGAACAUACUGAUGCUCUGCCACAGUGUGUUGAGACCUAAGUGAGUUUCAGUCACUUUUUAAGUAACUGUCAAGCAUCAACUGUGGGCUCAUCUUUCUGGAAAGAACAUGCAAUUAUAAAAUGCAGGACAAAAAUAUUUUUGUCCUGACUCCAUUACCCAAGACAGACAUAGCAAUACCUGAUAUUUUAAGUUAUUUGCUAUAAAAAGUAAGAAAUUCCAUUGUUUUCAUACAACUGAGAACAGAACCAAGUCUGACAGUGAGAAUAAUUCUUGGUUUUUAUUUUCCCAUGUCAGUCAUAAAAUUUUGAUGUUUCCAGAUUUUUACCAAAUGGUAAAAAAAAAAAAGCCCAAAGCAUUUAGAAGUACAUUCCCACUUCAAGCCAAAUUUAUACCAGGAAAAUAUAAAAAUCACCAAGUCUCCCAUUCCUCUUUUGAUAAAUGCCUAAGAUGGAGAAAACACAGCUAGAUGUGUAGUAAUGUUACAUAAGCAGUGGUCUCUGAUCUUAUUCUCAUCACAAAGUGUUAUGACUAAAUACAGCUCCUUCUAGUAUUAAUAGGAUCAGUAAAUAUCACCAAAACUCUUCCUAUGAAAGCAAUUGUAUGUGUAUACACAAAUAUAUGCACAUUUAUGUAAUAUAUACACACAUGUAAACAUUCUAAGACCUAACCACUACUACAUUAUUAAUUUUACAUUAAAAUGUUGUAUAUAUUUUUGAAAAAGUAUCAACAGUAACACUAAUUAAUGCUCUUAAUAUUUUGAUGAGCAAACCGAAGUAGACAACUGGUACCCUCUGAAUGCCUCAUGAAGGCAACAAAUUAUCUGAUAGGUUUUAAUUUACUUUCCCCAUUCAUAGCAAGUUAACUCAUCAAAACAUUAAGGGCUCCAGUAUGUGGGAUUUUUUGCCUUCUGUUUGUGUGAACAGUACUAAUAACAAGCUGAAUGUACACCAUUCUGGUUUUUUUUUCUGUCACUCAUUUCUGUUCUGUAUUUCCAAUAAAACUUGAAAAUUUU